UCCGUAUAUAUAGUAUAACUGCUGCUGUAAUGGAAUUGCUACCAUGCUGAAAAGCCACAUUCAUUUCACACCCCCUACCAUUCAUCAUGCGUCUCCUCAACGGCAUCUCUUUGCUCUUGACAAGCGGUAACCUGCUCUGCAUGGCAGUCGACCCGCCCCCUCCUCCUGAUAAUGCCAUUGAUUUGGGCGAUAGAAAAAUCAACCGAGAUAAUUGCACGCGCGGAAUAGAUCUCAAACCCCAGACUGGUGACUUGUGCCAAUUUACCUGUGCCCUUGGUGUCUGUGAGGCAACCAAGUGCGAGUGCAUCGAGCAUAGCAGCGAAGUCAAACCACUACCUGCAGGGGACAAGACCAAAUCCAACAUCAAAUCCUACAAUUCUGACGAUUCUGCACUCAAUAACCUGUGCGGCGUCGCCUGCAGAUAUGGCCACUGCCCCGCUGACAUUUGUGAUACCGACCCGACACCACUGAACAAGAUACAUGCUGAGUAUUUCGUCUGUGGUCUCGACAGCGAUGGUGACUGUGUUUCAAAACCCGUGGAUCAGUAUGCCCUGCGUGAGAAGGACAGGGCCUUGACUUGCGCAAUCUCAGUGAAUCCAGCGAAGACUGACGUAGCGAAAUGUGAGAGGCUCUGUAAGCCCGAGCUGGAUAAGGCCAAGGCAGACGGCGCACUCAUCACAAACUACGGAUGCAUCCCCAAAACAGAGACGGGUAUGUGGCCGAUAAAUGGACCAGAUCCGUUUAUCAACGGCAUCGCGCCUGGUAGAUGCGUCUGCAACAGUGGCCUUGUCAAUGAGCUGGCCGGGUUUGUCUUUGAGAAUCUGGCCGCCCUUGCCGAGAUUGGAUGCUUCAUUUUCAUGCGAGCUUUCGAAUCGCUCGUAAAAAUUGGUCUAAAACUAUUCCCCGAGAUUGGCGAGCCCAUCGAGCUUGGCCUUGACGCCAUCACAACCACCAUCCAGACCUUUCAGUACCUCUAUCCAGACUCCGAAGGACCCAAAGAGGCUUUCGACUGGUGGCUUUCUCCCUGUGGCGACACAUCGCUGGUUCCCGAUGACCUGAAAAAGGCAUUUGACAUUGUGGACGAGGUAUCUGGCCACCUUAAGCCUUUCAAGGCCCCUAAAGGCGUUGCGAAGCACAGCGGGAAACUAGGCGAUAAAACCAACCCGUUCAAAAAGGCUCGUCUGGCCAAGGCUGAGGUCCCAGGCCCCCCCGAGGGCAGAGAGGCCUUGAAAAAGGUUCCCCAAUUAUUGGAAAAAUGCGAGAUCCCCAAGGAGAAGCAGUUCCGCAAGAUUGGCGUCCACACAGUCCGCGAGCUAGCCUGUGCAGAUGACCACAAGACGACCACGACGAACUGGGUCGUAACCAGCAUCAACUAUCCUACUGCCACAUCUGUUCCUACCGUCAUGGCCACAGCUACAUGCUCCAAAGAAUACGGCCAAGCGUGCCAUCACUACAGCUCCGCCAUUCGACAGAACAGCAAGUUCGCAACAGUUACCUGUCCCCCAGAUGCUGGCACAACAGCCGUCCACCGUGACCCAGCUCCCGCUACAGUCGCCUGGCAGAAGGAACACUCUGGCCAAGGAUGGCUAGACCUCCCUCCCAAUCUCAAGGAUAACAAGGAACAGGCCCAGAACUUGUCAGCUCUCUGCGACAAGGCCGUGUGGCCGCCGUCAGAGCUUCUCGACGCCAAGUCCCCUGACUUCCUGGAAGGUGGUAAGCGAAAGGAUGCACAAUUGGUCCGGUUUAUACCAAGAAAGGACAGCAGACUAUCGAGCAAGAUGUGGAGCAACGUGUGCUUCACCGCGCCGCUUCAGGAUAUCGAUGGACCGACCCUCAAGGCUCUCUGCGAAAAGGACAAGGCUGGCAAGACCGUGUUUUGGCCUCACGGGACGGAAAAACGCUGCAAGAUUGACGUAGACAAGAUACCUGUCUUUACCAUUACCGAGUUCCAGCAUGACAAGGACGAGUUUGACGGUCUAACUACCAACUCGCCCUGCUGGCCGUCUGCUAAGGUGGAGGCCGAUCCCGGCUUCGCUCUUCUCGGCAAAGAUGCCUUCUAUGACCAGUAUUCACCUCAAUUCGACUACAGCGUCAACGUCGGUGGUGCAAGUCCGAACGAUACCACUGAGCAGCCAGACGGUCCGAUAAAGCCGAUAUUUAGGCCGAAUCGACUUGGGAUUCCCAUGUCACUGAAGUAG